UUAACUCGAGAAGUCAAGAUAUUGCAAAAGCUCAGCCAUCCCAACAUCAUCGAGUUUAUCGGGUAUGCCAUUGAAGGGGAACGAUGUGAUAUGAAGGCCGUCCUGAUAUCCAGGUGGUGUUCAAACGGGGACAUCGUUGAUUAUUUGCGACGGCAUCCAGACUCAAAUCGGAUCGCACUGAUUCGGGAUAUGGCAGAUGGACUGCAAUAUCUUCACAAUCAGGUUCCUAUGAUAAUUCACGGUGAUAUUAAGCCUCACAACGUCCUUAUCAGCGAUUAUGGAAAUGCCCAAUUGUGUGACUUCGGUUUAUCUCGGGUAAUUAACGAACUAAUAAUAGCGGAUCAAACGACAUCGACAGCACUUGGAUAUACGGCAAGAUACUCUGCCCCCGAGGUUAUCAUCGAGGAGGUCAAGACAGCAAAGAGCGAUGUCUACGCGUUCGGAUGUACCUGC